UUUACAAUUGGGGUAAAUACCAUUCUUACCGGUCCAGAUAUUGCUGCAUUCUUGCUAUGAAGGACAACCGUUAAAUUUGAAAAGGUAACCUUUAGGAUUGUAGAUUCAUAGAACCUAAGCCAGACCUAAGCCAGGCGUUACGUAGGGUAGUAGCUUUCAUUCGUAUUUAGGACUGGUGUGUUUGAAGUGCCUCUCCCAAAAAACGACGUUACCGUUAAAUUUUGAAAGGUGACCGUUAGGUUUGAAAUUUAACGGACCUUCUCCGGGUACAACGCCUUCGUACGUAUAUCGGAGCUGUUUUCGACUCUUUUCCAUCAGUAGCCGUUUAAUUUUGAAAGUCAACCGUUAGAUUUGAAAUUUAACGGACCUUCUAUCAGCAUAACGUCGGGGAGUUCGCCAUGACAGCGGUCCUGAUGCUCGUGAUGUUGUCCGGCCUACGGGCGACCUUGGCCGACACACCGGCCAACUGUUCGUGGGGACAAGUCGCUGGAGUUUGGGAGUUUCACAUUGGACCGGGUGGUUACGAUAGCCGUCUGAGGUGCAGCUCCUUCACUGCAGUUGAGAGCUUUAAGUUGAGCCUCCUGUUCCCGGAUGUUGUGCUAGACAAGGAUGGCAACAAGGGCUUCUGGACCAUGAUCUACAACCAGGGCUUCGAGGUGGUCAUCAACCAGAGGAAAUACUUCGCCUUCUCAUCAUACACGAAAGAAGAUGACGUGGUGACGAGUUUCUGCAACUCCACGUUCGCAGGAUGGUCACAUGACACUCUGGGGAAAGACUGGGCCUGUUACUAUGGUAUCCAGUUUUCUCAAAGUGUCCCGGAUGUAGAUCCUGUCACAACUCGACGAGUGCAUAGGGAUGAUUUUGACGGGACGUUUAGGAACAACCCAGACUUUAUAAAAGGAAUAAAUAGUGUGCAAAGGUCAUGGAAGGCCGUGACCUACCCAGAAUACCACGGGAUGAAGAUUUCCAACAUGGCGAUGAUGGCAGGUGGUCCGUCCUCCACACAGAGCUUCCCCCUACCGGCGACCAUGGACAAAGCAACGAGAGAAGCCAUCAAACAUCUCCCGAAGAAUUUUGACUGGCGCAACAUCGAUGGACAAGAUUAUGUCUCGGCUGUCAAAGACCAGGGCAACGUAUGCGGCAGCUGCUACGCACAGGCAACGGCAAUCGCGUUGGAGUCCCGCCUCAGGAUCAUGACCAACAACACUCUCAUGACCACAAUGUCACCUCAGGACGUAGUGAGCUGUAGCGACUACUCGCAAGGCUGCAAAGGGGGUUUUCCGUACCUCACAUCCAAAUACGCCCAAGACUUCGGCAUGGUCGAGGAGCGGUGUAACCCCUACCACGGACACGACACAGCCUGCAGGCCGUAUCCGGCUGACUGUAGGAGAUACUACGUUGCAGACUACCAAUACAUCGGAGGCUAUUAUGGUGCGUGUAACGAAGGACUGAUGAUGUUGGACCUGGUAAAGAAUGGACCAAUCCCCGUCAGUUUCCAGGUGUAUGACGACUUCCGGCAGUACCAUAAUGGAAUAUACCACCACACAGGCUUGAAAGACGGCUGGAACCCAUGGAAAGUCACCGACCACGUGGUCACCAUAGUCGGCUACGGAAUCGACCCAAGUUCGGACGAGAAGUACUGGAUAGCCCAGAACACGUGGGGUACGGACUGGGGUGAGCUGGGAUACUUCAAAAUCCGCAGGGGAACCAACGAGGUCAACAUUGAGUCCAUCGCAGUGACCAUGACUCCCAUUGUGCCUAAUCCGUAAACAUUUUACCUAGUUUAAACUGUGCAUGUGACGUGGCAAUGUCGGUGGUUUGCUACUUUUUGAUUGACAAAUAACGUUUACCUGUACAUGUUAGCGUUUAAAUAUAUUGUAUCUCUUGCUUGGCAAGCUGCCAAUUGCUAGCAUGCUAUUGAUCACUUCCCUUUUCAUCAAACCGAUUGGUAACAAGCUACACCCAACGACCUGUUCGGGUGUAGCCGGCCAUCAUAUGAGUAAUGCAGCCUAGCUACAACAUUGGAUCCGAGCCAAACCACUGACUUGGAAUUGUCCAAGUAUGACUCAUUGUGCCAUUUUUGCCUUACGUUCUGUCAGGUAGCAAUUCUCCGGGGGCACAACAAGACAAAUUUACGAAAGAAGACGUCAAUUGGUUACAGCAACACCACAUAUUUUACGGAGGUAAAAAGUAGAGUAAAGUAGAGCACUAGUAUUUAUCGGUUAUUUCCUCUGAAAUCUAAAUAAAUACGCGUUCUUCAUACUA